CUCCCCUCCCCCCGCCUAUCGCACUGAGAUAGCAAUCAAUAGACAGGUUUUGCCCGAGCUUCAUUGAGGUCUCGAAAUUCGGUAGCUUCAGCAUCUUCCCGACGGUCACCCGCUGAGAGAGCUGGCUCCCUCCCUCACAGCUCGCCCACCUCUCCCUCAUCAUCCGCUUCUUCGAAUUCACCACCCCCAGAAAACCAGAAGCUGGCAUCAUGGCCGAUCAACGCGUGAACGUCCAUAUUCCAUCCCAUCCUCCGGUGCUUGACAGCGUGCGGCUCCAAAAUAUCCAGUUGACGCUCCCCGCGGCCCCCGAUCCAUGGCACCGUCCCAGCAAGCCGCAGCCCUGCACCGCAUCGCUGAACCUAUCCUACUCCUCUGCGGUGGCCGCCGCUAUCGCCGACGAUGUCUCCUUGUCUCUGGACUACGGAAAGCUCUACCGCCGCCUCGAGGAGGAUAUCCGCACGAUGGGCCACGCGGGGGAAGUCUCGGCGCAGAAGAUGGUCAGCAUUGACGGCAGUCGACGGGACGAGAUGCUGGGGGCUGCUCUCGGGGAAGAUGUGCGGCUAACGGCGGGGAUUGUCGCAAACUGUGGAUUGGGUCUCCUCGACGAGACCGCCGCUGGGGUCCGUCGCAUGUCGCAUGUGCACCACGAUGGCCGGCGCCGGAGCAGUGCGUCGGCGGGCUCUCAGGCGCAGGCGCAGGCGGCUAUCUUCAGUCCGUCCGCGCCCCCGGCCAUUGACGGGGUGUUUGGGCAGUGUGAGGUCUUGCUGCACCUACCCAAAGCGCUGCUGCGCGCGGAGGAGGGCCUCAAAUAUCGGAGCGUGACUGUGUGGGGUUACCGAUCGCGCAACGGGGCUGCUGCUGUGGACAACCUGGCGGAGUCGGAGCGGUGCCCGGUGGUAUUGGAGGAGGAGUUUCGGAUUGACGGCAUCCGGUGCUACUGUAUCCUGGGAGUCAACUCCCACGAGCGGGUGGAAAAGCAGGCGGUGAUUGUCUCGCUGGAGUUCAAGGGUCCCGGGCAGCUCCCCUGGGGAUCUACGGUGAUCAAUACCUACCAGGCCAUGACGCGGGCUGUGGCAGAGGUAAGCUUGUGGGACGCUGAUUGCGGUUGAGCGACUGCUAACACUCGAGGUGUAGCGGAUCGAAACCACCAGUUUUCAGACGGUGGAGGCGCUGGCUACCUUUGUGGCGCGCAUUGUGACGGUG